UCCGUAAACUCGCGUCCAUCUAGAAGUGAAAUUUCCAACGUCUGACAGACGCGUUUAACCUAGUAGUCCCAAUACCAUUUUCCACGAAGGUGGUCUCAUUUCUGCUCUUCCUGGUUCGACACACUCUUGUCCGAUCUCCGAGAGACUUUACAUAUAAAAAACCUCAUACUGACCCCCGCUUCUUCAAAUCCUCCCAGACACUUCUCACUGAUACUCAACCCAACAAUCAUUCCUAUCCUAUCUAGAGAAAAUUUUAACGAGAACCUCGAAUCAGCUACUGAGUUUUCCAAGUCGUCGUCGAUGGCGGAAUCCAACCACAAUGGCAGGAUGGAUGAAGAGGCGUUGCUAAUGAUGGAGGAGGCGAAGCGCAAGAAGAGGAUGAAGUGGACGAUUGGCAUCAUCGCCUUCGUCAUCUUUCAGGUAGUGCAGGGUCUCUUCUUUGUGCUGGUCAUUAUGAAGUUCAAGUCCCCCAAGUUCAGGAUCAGCGACUUCAAUGUCUCGACUUUGGACUCUGAUCAAUCGUCGCCCUCAUUCAACAUGAGCUUCAUGGCUCCGAUCCGUGUCAAGAACACCAACUGGGGUCCCUUCAAGUAUGAUGCUUCUACCGUUGAUUUCACCUACGGAGGCUUCCGAGUGGGACAAGCGAUCAUUCCCAAGAGCAAGGCCAACUUCAAGUCCACCAAGAAGAUUAAUGUGAACGUGACUCUGAACUCUGCUAAUUUGCCUAGCAAUUCGAACCUCGGGAGCGAUUUGAGCUCUGAGAUCAUAAAAUUGAACAGUCAAGGCGAGCUUAGAGGGAAGGUAACGGUCAUGUUCAUGUUCAAGAAGAAGAAGACCUCGAUGAUGAAUUGCACCAUGGCAAUCAGUACCUCAACAAAGAUGGUACAGUCCUUGUCAUGCAAAUGAGCAUGCCUGGGAAAGGUGGUUCGGCAUCAUAUUAUGGCUUUGUAUUCUCGGUUUUAUUUGUUUUCAAUACAUUUUCCGUGGAUCAAAAUCAAACUAAGUAUUCUAUCUUGUUAAA